AUGGCGCUGUGGAGGUGCGCCAAGAUCUUCUGCAGGUUGGCUGCAGCGUGGUGUCCACUGCUCUUCUCAUCACUGCUGUGGCAAACGAUCUCCCCUGUCUAUGCCGUCCCGUCUUGCCCGCGGAGCUGUAGCUGUCCAGGCGUUAAAGAGGUCCACUGUACAUUCAGACACCUCACCACCAUACCAAAAACCUUUCCUAAAGACACAGAGAGGCUCAACCUAGGUUAUAACAGCCUGACGGAGGUGGAGGGGUCAGAAUUCAGGUCACUUCGGCAACUGGAAAUGCUCAUGUUGCAUGGCAACGACAUUAACACAGUCCACCAUGGGGCAUUUUACAGCCUAAGAUCCCUACAGAUCUUGAAGCUGAGUUACAACAAGCUAACAUCAGUGAACCCUGGUCUGUUUGAGGGUCUUGUCGGUUUGAUCCGUCUCCAUCUGGACCAUAACCUUAUAGACUUUAUAGAGCCAUACUCCUUCUCUGGCCUGACCUCUCUAAAACUCCUGCAGCUGGAAGGGAACCUCCUCAAAGAGAUCCACCCUCAUACCUUCAUAACAGUGUCACUACUAGGAAGCUUUUGGACCUCUGGACUCAAACACUUACACCUGUCAGACAAUCUAUUGGAGCAGCUCCCUGCCGCAGCACUGAAGACUGCUCCCAGGCUCGAGCUUCUCUCUCUUCAUGGUAAUCCCUGGACCUGUGACUGUCAGCUGAACUGGUUGGUAGAAUUGAGUUCCACACGUGAAGGCUUAAUAAAGUGCAAGAAGGAACGUGGCUCCACUGAAAUUUGCCCCCAGUGCUCCUCUCCUCGACCCCUGAAUGGUACCUCCUUGUUUGGGUUAACCUCGAACAAGCUUACCUGUGAACGGCCAGCUCUUCGCUCCCCUCUCAAACAGUGGGAAAAUCCGAUGUGGACUGAAUCUGAAGCAGAACCUGACCUCCCGUACACCCGGGCCUUUGAAAAACCUUUGGGACACCUGACCUUUGUUCUCUCCGACAGCCAUGGAAACCAUGCUCAUGUGGAAUGUGUUGUGCGCCACCCUGGAGACAGUUCACCUAUGACUUGGACUUUACAUUCAUCUGGAGAGUUAUCUGUCAAUGUAUCGCUGGUAACUGUCCUUGAAUGUGAGAUUGAUCGGGAGAUGUUACAAAAUCUAUGGCAACUGGUCGCAUAUUACUAUGAAAGCCCUGCUAUCUUGGAGAGAGGUCAACAGAGAGGAAAUACAAGCAGAGUAACCUAUCAGUAUGCCCAAGCUGUAAAUGAAAAUUCCCCAUAUUUCACAGAAUUAAAAGGGUAUUUGGUAGCAGAACCCUCGUGGCUGCUUCAACCAAGAGUAACAUUAAGGCUCAACAGACAGCAGACAACAACUAAGAAACUGGUGAUGGAUUUCACUACUUUAAUUACCAAGUACAUCAACAGCAAUAGAGGGCAGGAAGAUGACAAUGACUUUGGGUCUUCCUGGGCACUUAUUCGCAGAGGGACAGCAGGGCGGGUUCAGAUGGCUCUUGAAGGUUCGAAGGUUCGCUUGGAGUGCAGUGUUGUCACUUCGAAUCCGGAGGUGAAAGUGGAGUGGAUGCUUCCAGAUUUGUCUAUUGUGGAAGAUGCAAAUGAUAAAACAGAAACCUCUGAAAGAGGAGAACUUGUGAUUUUAAAUGCCACACUGUCUGACUCAGGCCUCUAUCACUGUAUGGUCAGAACCAAAGCCGGUGUGGAUUUGAUGCCUUUGAGGCUCACCAUUAAAGAACUCUCACUUAGCCCAACUGCUUUCAACGGUCAGAAAAUUGUAGUUCAAAAGGGACAAUCUUUAACCCUCCCUUGUGAUGUGACCUCAGUUCAGCCAAGUCAAAUUAUGUGGUACUUGCCCAAAAAUCAAAUUCUACUCCCCACACAACAGACAAGACGAGCAGAAGUAAUGGAAAAUGGGACGUUGGUACUGAGGAAGUUGACACAAGAAGAUGCAGGGGAAUACAGCUGUUUAGCUUCAAAUCUGUAUGGAGUUGACAUGCUAUCACACAUGGUGGAAGUCCCGGGGGAAAAGGCCUCUGACAGGUCUAAAGUACAGACAGGGAGAGAACAGCAGCUCUUACCGACUGGUGUGGAGGAAGUAGAGGGUUCAGGGGGAGAAUACCAGGAAAUUAUACGUCCUUUUGCUACGCAGUUUCCCAAGAGGGUAGGUACACAGCAAAUGAACCACAAUAGGUUUUCUAAAAGGAUAAGAAUUAAAGAUUCAAAAAGAAAACCCAAUAAAUCUGUUAAGGAAUUAGAUCCAAAUCGUUGGGCAGAGAUAUUGGCUAAAGCUAAUGCUAAACCAAGUUUUGCUCUGCCUACAGAUCAGUCACUAGAACAGCCCAGUACUGUAACAGUCCAAACAAGUACAUCCAAACCUACUACAACAACCCCCACUACAAUUGCUACUACUACUACUAACAACUUACCCCAUACUACUACCCCUCCUGAUAUUACAGUAGAACCAACAAAUUUCCCCAUGAACACUAGAGUUAAGUCAGAAGCCCAUUCGAAGAAAGACAAAAAAGGCAAUAUCGGUAAAGAUUCUGAACCCUCGGAAAGUCUUCCCCGGGUUUUACAACAAGCCCCUCCCAGAAUUAGGGAACCGACCCCACACUACAUUGGUGGGAUUACAGAAAAACCAAAAUCUAUCACAGCCUCUCCUGUUAUUGUAACCCCCAAGGCAGUUGAUCAGUCUGAAAAUAAGCAUUUGGGAGAGGGUAGAAGGAACUACAACCUUGUUCCUGGUCGGUCAAACAAGAGAUGGCCCCCUUAUAGACGUAGAAAACCCCCAAUGAGAAGAGUCCAUCCACACCUAAACCCCUUUUACCAUUCAUUAAACAAGACCCAAACAACUGUUCCCCCAACAACAACCACCAGACCACCAACAACGACCAAAACUACAACUACUCCUACUACCACUACUACUACAACAACACCUAUUCCAACAACAGUGGAAAACCAUAAAAACGUAUCUGCUGAGUAUCAGACAGAGGAAGAUGAAGGCGAAUACUAUGAAGAAUACAUUUACAAGAAUAGUGAUAGUUUGGAUGCCAAGAAAGAUUUAAACAGCGGAACUCUUCAAACCACUCAUGAUCUUGAAAUUAGCCUUACCACAUCUCCAACAGUUACAGAAAAAGUUCCAGAUGUAGGUGGACAUAAUUUACCUAAUCCAAAAACAAUUUUCAAUCCGAAGAUAGAGAGUACCCCUCAUCCAACUGAAAGAACUGUUGAGGAAAAUGAGAAACACAUUGCCAUCCUAGAGAAUUCUGAGAGAAGGAGGGUUCAGAUCAGAAUACAAUCUGAAGAAAAGGGCAGACACAAUACAAAUCUUGCAGGAGAGAGUGGGAGGGAGGUCAUAACAGCAAUGGAAUGGCAAGAAAAACACAAAACAGACAUAGAAGGCAGGGAGAUAGACACAGAAAAAGCUAAAAAGGAGUGGGUUACGAAGAGCUACAAUACAGGGGAUAGCAUCCGGUUAACGACACAAAAUAAAACUCGACCUUUGCUAGAGCAAAAUACAACAACCCAAGCAAGAACUUCAUCUUCCACGGUCAUUACCUCACAUUCAACAAGAGGGAGAACAAGAGAAAAAGACACACGGAGUGAAGGUGAGGAGGUAACCAAGCCAGGAAUAAAGCCUGAGAUCCACAGUUUCCCAAUAAUGGAACCAAAUCACCCCUGGCUCCAUCAGAACAACCAGGGAAGAGGGCAAACUACCACUUCCAGGAUGACACACACAAAUCAACAUAGAAAUAUAGGAAAAUGGGGCGAAGUGAAUCCAGGCAGACAUUCCCAGUCUCCCAGAGUCACCCCGACCUCCCGCUGGCCUUAUCACCAUCUUCAUCAUCAUCAUAACUACCCCCUCUACCCUUCCUGGCCAGGUCAAAGGUCUUUUCCUCAUCCAGGGCAAGGUCCUGGGUCAAACCCUUGGGCUCAAGAUCCAGUUGUCACCAACAGACCAGAAAUCACAGCUGAAACGGUCAAACCCACACCUACAGCUUCUGGAACAACAGCAAACCCCAGAUUUACUCUCACUAAUCCCCACCUGUCACAUCAGCGUCAUCAAAAUCAUAACGUGGAUGGCAGGACCCAAACCAGAGAUCAACUUUUUCUAUCAAGGCUAAGGAACAGAUACAGACAGGCACAGCUCGAUCGCAUCACUCAGCUAGGGAGGAUGGUGACACCCAUACCUCGCACAAGCUACUACAAUCCUCCAUCCCCCAUCACACCUAAACCCAACCCUCCAUCCCUGCACAGACCAUACACCACCAAACCACCAGCAGCUGCUGAUUCUUACACUUACAACCUGCAACCUCCAAAACCUGCUAAACCUUCGUUAUCAUCAUUCUCUGUAUUCAUCCCGACCCUUCGGCCUUACCACACCUCCAUCCCUGGGGUUCUGCCUGGAGGUCAGUGGCCUGUUGGAGGACGAAUCAGCUCAUGGCGGCCCACAGCUGCCCCACCUUUCCUAUGGGUGUUAGGAGCUGGAAGUGGUGGGAUGAAACCACGCAUCACCACAGUAACCACAGCUAGUGUGUCAGUACUUGCAGAGAGUGAUGUCUUCCUGCCCUGCGAAGCAACAGGAAAUCCUGAACCUACCAUCACAUGGACCAAAGUCUCCACAGGUGCCACCAUCCCAGCCAACACCAAGCAUGGUCCACGAUUUGAAGUUUUCAACAAUGGAACUUUUGUUAUUAAAAACAUCCAGCUUCAGGAUAGAGGCCAGUACCUCUGCACAGCCCAGAAUCGGUUUGGAUCAGAUCGUAUGGUCACCACCUUAGCUGUCCAGACUGAGGCACCCAAGAUCCAACCACCAAAGUCUACAGAGAUAGCAGUCUACUUAGGGAAAAGUAUGACUCUUGACUGCUUUGCCUCUGGAAAACCACCAGCCCAAAUUUCCUGGAUUCUUCCGGACAGGACAUUUGUUCGUGAAGUCGGGACUGUUCACACUCUCCUUUCUUCAAUGUCUUUGCUUCAAAAUGGAACCCUGCAAAUUAAUUCUGCCAAUUUCUCCAACAAAGGGGACUAUAAAUGUAUAGCAAGUAAUGCAGCAGGUGCUGAUACAAUAACUUAUCAUCUCCACGUGGCAGCUCUGCCUCCAAGCAUCAGUGAAGGAGCAAUGGAUACUGUUAUAAUUCAGCCAGGCAGGAGUGUGUAUAUCCACUGCUCUGUGAAAGGUGAACCAAUGCCUGCUGUGAAAUGGAUGCUCCCAGCGGGCAUCCAUGUUAAGCCAUCACAGUAUCUGGGACGCAGGCUGUUUGUCUUCCCUAAUGGGACACUCCUUGUGAAGAAUGUUUCGCCAUCUGAUGGUGGGAGGUACGAGUGUUUGGCCACCAACACUGUGGGGAUCGCCAAAAGAACUGUCCAGCUUGAGAUGAGGGCAGAUUUUCCCUCUUUCUCCCACCAACCUCCUCCUCCUCUUCCCAUUUUUCCAAUCCAUCACCAUGCUGUGCCAUCCCGCCAACACUCUGUCUCCGCUAUGUACGGUUCUGCUGUCUACCUGCACUGUCCAGAGUCUACGAGAUCCACAAGAGGGACCAUUUGGCAGCUACCCUCAAAGACCAUCAUGGAGCAUCGACACAGUCCAGAGAGACCAAUUAAAGUUUUCCAUAAUGGGACUCUGAGGAUUCUUCAGCUAACAGAGCUAGAUGGUGGAAAUUAUGUGUGUGUCUUUCAGCGGCCCAAUGGGGAGGACAUGGAGCUUUUCCGGGUGGAGGUAUUAAUGACCGCUCCCAGAAUUGAACAUGUGAGGACUGCGCAGACCAGGGUCACCUUUGGAGAAAAUUUCCAGGUUGACUGUGUUGCAACAGGACUCCCUAAUCCAGAAGUUUCCUGGAGUCUUCCAGAUGGAACUUUAAUCAACAACGCUCUUCAAUCAGAUGACAGCGGCCUUCGCAACCGCCGCUACGUUAUCUUUGGCAAUGGAACUUUACUUCUCCAGAAGAUGGGCAAAAAAGAUGAGGGUGACUACACUUGCUAUGCCAAGAACAAACUGGGCAAAGAUGAAAGAAAGGUCAGUGUCAAAUUGGGGCCAAAUGCUCCAAAGAUUAGAUUAAAAUCACAAUCUCUGGUGACAGUAAAGUUGGGAGAAUCCGCUAAAUUAAGUUGUCAGGCAACAGGUGAACCUAUACCAAGAAUCACGUGGAUCUCACCACGAAAUGACGUAAUACCAGUCUCAUCAGAAAAAUUUCACAUUAUGGAUGAUGGGACAGUAGUUGUGAAAAAUGUAAAACUUGGUGAUGAAGGGAAAUAUGCAUGUGUGGCACGAAAUUCUGCCGGUGAUGAUUUUAAAAACAUGAAACUUGAAGUUGAACCCCAGGAACCCUUUAUCAAUGGCAUGAAAGGGGAGAGCAUCGCAAAGGUUUUAGGUGUUUCCUACCAAACAGUGCUUCUGGAUUGCAGAGUGGAAGGAAAGCCUGAACCAAGAAUCUGGUGGGUUACUCCUUACGGCCACUCCCUUACAACACCCUAUCUUGGUGGUCGCUUCCAAGUCCACCGAAAUGGGAGCUUGGAGCUGAGAGGGGUGAGGAAAACAGAUGAAGGGAGGUACAUGUGUCUAGCUAAGAACCAUCUGGGUGAAGCCUCACUUUUGGUUGAAUUUGAUGUGGCAUCACUAGCCGAGAAACCUAGCUUUGCUGUUCCCAAUAUUGAAAUCUUACCAAUAAAGCAAGAUGGUGGGGAAUUGAUCCUGGAGUGUCCUGCUCGUGGCAAGCCAAACCCAGAGUUUGCAUGGGUGCUACCCAAUGGGACGCUGUUAACGCCUGGUGUUAGACUCCAACGCUUCACCCAUCAUUUGGGAAAUGGAACUCUACAGAUCUCUCGACCAGUUGCAACUGAUAAGGGAGUGUACCGGUGCCUUGCAAAAAAUGUGGCAGGACAAGCGGAGAAACGUUAUGCACUGGAGGCAGGCAGAAAGCCAGUGAUCAGAGGAUCUACAGGUGGGAUGAAGAUUACUUAUGGCCUCAAUCUCAAUUUGCCUUGUACUGUUGAUGGCUGGCCACAGGCGUCAAUUACAUGGACUCUACCCAAUGGCCUUGUUUUGGACAAACCUCAAACCAUUGGCCGGGUAUCUUUUCUUAUCAAUGGGACCCUCCAACUCAGGCAGGUCGCCACCUUUGACAAAGGAACAUACAUCUGUAAAGCCUUCAACUCUUUUGGCUCAUCAACACUAUCCUACCCAGUUGCAGUUAUGGUUUUCCCGCCACGUAUCACCAAUACGCUGAGCUCAAUUACAAGAGUAAACCGGGGAUCACCACUGACAUUAAACUGUGUUGUGACUGGUAUUCCCAAGCCCGAUAUUUCAUGGACUUUGCCUGGACGCACAACGCUGGUUCCACAUACCCGGUUCACAGUACAGGGAGGAAUUCACAUGACAGAAGAGGGCAGUCUGGUCAUAAAGAACCCUGUGCUCAUGAACUCUGGUAUUUACAAAUGCAACGCGAAAAACGCACUAGGAACAGACUUCAAAUCUACAUACCUACAAGUAGUCUGAGUGGGAAAAUCUCAUAGCAGAAUUACGACUGGAUGAUUAUUAUUCCACCAGGAUUUUAAUACACUGUCACAUGAUAAGGAUGCUAUGAACACAGAAUCAAAGCUGCCUUACUACAGGUGGUUUGAGAUACCUUGCAAAUCACUUUCCACCGAACAAUGACGCUUCAAACGUUGACUUCAAAGUGAACAUUCACCUUUUGUAACUGUUUUUUUGUUUUAAGGUAUAAAUGUUGCAUAAGACUUUUAAUUCUACAUUUUGAACCUCAGAAUUCAUUUCAUUUCACAAAGUGCCUUUUUUGCCUGCUCAGAGCCAUGCAUUUUUGGCCUUACCCCAUAGAUGUAAUUUCAAGUUGCCCUGACAACAUCAUAGUUUGUAAAAUUUUACUUCACUAUACAAUUUUACUCUGACAUGACAUUGCAAGUGCUGUUCUUCAAGUGAAACAACAUCAGACUCCUCUCUCUUGGUAUUGAUGUAUCUAAAUGUAAUAUGUACCCCUUAUAUGCAUAUUGUUGUCUUUGUUCUGGUAGAAUUAGAGUUAACAGUGAUUUCAACUGUAUAACAAAAAAGAUACUAGAAAACAAAUAAGAGACUUUUCCCUGCUAAAUUUACAGCAAAUAUGUCAUCAAAAUUGGAGUGGAGUGUCGUAAUUCCUUCAUGUGGCUCUGUCAUAAA